GUGAUGAGGGAGGUGAAGGAGAUGAAGGAAGUGAAGGUAAUGAAGGAGGUGAAGGUGAUGAAAGAGGUGAAGGAGGUGAAGGUAAUGAAGGAGGUGAAGGUGAUGAGGGAGGUGAAGGAGAUGAAGGAAGUGAAGGUGAUGAUGGAAGUGAAGGAGGUGAAGGAGAUGAAGGAAGUGAAGGAGGUGAAGGAGAUGAAGGAAGUGAAGGAGAUGAAGGAAGUGGAGAUGAAGGAAGUGAAGGAGGUGAAGGAGAUGAAGGAGGUGAAGGAGAUGAAGGAAGUGAAGGUGAUGAAGGAAGUGAAGGUAAUGAAGGAAGUGAAAGUGAUGAAGGAGGUGAAGGUGAUGAAGGAAGUGAAGGUGAUGAAGGAAGUGAAAGUGAUGAAGGAAGUGAAGGAAGUGAAGGAGAUGAAGGAAGUGAAGGUAAUGAAGGAGGUGAAGGAGGAGAAGGUAAUGAAGGAGGUGAAGGAAGUGAAGGAGAUGAAGGAAGUGAAGGUGAUGAAGGAGGUGAAGGAGGUGAUGGUGAUGAAGGAGAUGAAGGAGAUGAAGGAGGUGAAGGAGAUGAAGGUGAUGAAGGAGAUGAAGGAGGUGAAGGAGGUGAUGGUGAUGAAGGUGAUGAAGGAGAUGAAGGAGGUAAAGGAGGUGAAGGUGAUGAAGGAGGUGAAGGAGGUGAAGGAGAUGAAGGUGAUGAAGGUGAUGAAGGAGAUGAAGGAGGUGAAGGAGGUGAAGGAGGUGAUGGUGAUGAAGGACGUGCGCUAAUGCUAACAAACGUUAGCAGAAACGUUAGCAUAUCUGGAGCUCUAACGUCACCUGCUGCUGGUGCUCACACGCCUCUGAGGGCAGGGUCCUGUCGACGGCUGUGUUUCUGUCGUGAUGGAGGUCGUCUGUGAGCGUUUAUUAAAAAGCCAAAGGAAGCUAAUUUAGGGAGCUUCUCCUCCUCCUCCUCCUCCUCCUCCUCCUCCUCCUCCUCCUCCGCUUUAUGUUUGAAAGUCACGAGCCAAAAAGAGAAAAAAAACACAAAACACAAAACAUGUGAUUGACAAAAUAAUCAAUUGAAUACAAACUUUAAAAAGAGGGCGGGGCCAGCUUUGUGAUGAAGACUGUCCACACUGCUGCUCUGAUGAAGUCAAAGUUGUGACACAGUUUUCGUUCAGUGUGUGUGUGUGUGUGUGUGUGUGUGUGGUCCCUCCUCCCGACCUGUGAGGAAUGUGUUCGUCAUAAAGCUGACAGGAGCUCUGACUCUUCACAGGUGAACUUUUAUUGUUGUUGCGAGACACUGAGUGAUAAACUGUGACGGCGUGUUCAGACAGGAAGAGAUAUAAUAAGUAGAGAGAUGGAAAUACAAGACACUUUCUAAAUCUGUUCAACAAACAUGUUUCAUUUCUUUUGUUUGCUUUUAUGUUUCUGGAACUUUAAGUAAAAUAAACUAGUUUCUGUGGCGUCUGUCUGCAGCAAGACACAAACUGAACAUCACCGUAAAUCUUCACCACAUUUCUGUCUGUUGUUUUCGCUUCGUUUUUAUCGUCAUAUCAACAGAACAGGUCUGAUUCUGAGAUGAUUUUAUGAUGAUGAUGAUGAUUUUAAGUGGAGACUGAACAUCUAAACUAUGCAAGACAACUUUAUUUAUUUGGCUCAUUCAGGUGGAAACACAGUGUGCUGCACACAGUGUCAGGCAGACGUCACAGGCACAAAACAAAACCAGCAACCGAUCACAUCCGUUCAAACUAAGAGUAAAACCUCAUAAAUAAUAACUAAGAUGAAGAAUUAACCAAUAAAGAUACAUGAUGAGAUGUGUGACUCACAACUGCUCAAGAAUUUGUUGAAAAUAAUGAUACUAAAAGUAAACCAUUAAAUAUAAUGAAUGAGUAAAAACUGAAUAGAAUGACACAUACUGUAUAAACCAACAAAAUAAAAUAAAGAUAGUACCAUGCUCCAGCCCAGGUGUUCAGGCUCCGCCCCCUCAGACAGCAUCAGCUUAUGGGCGGGGCCUCUCUUGGUAAAUAUGUCGUUAAAGCCCGUUGAAAACACUGCAGCACAUGUAGAAAUGUAUGAAGCCUAAAAUGAUGCCUUCAGGGCCCGUAGGAGACAGUAGUGCCUCACACAGUCUUCUUCUGUUGUUUCAGCCGACACAUUUAGACGGUUCUAAAAACUCAUCUGAGAAGCACAGAACAUGUUUCAUGGUGAUUCUUACACGCAGCAGUAAAUCUACACCUGUUGACUCACACCUCAGGAGAUUUGUUGCAGCUGAGGAUUAGUGGGCGGGGCUUCUGGUCUGCUCGUCAGCUCCUUUCAAAAACCGUCCACUGUUGUGAGUUAGCAGCAAGCUAGCUAGCUGUCGACGCCGACAGCCUGUGACGUGAUGAGUGAUGCGAUGACAAAGACCUUUCCAGCUUUCAGCGUCAAAUUAAAGCC